CCUCGGGAUGCACUGGGGGCCUGUAAAAAAUGACAAUCAGAUCUGGUACCCGAUCACGACAACCUCCAAGGAAGCCGUGGUCACUCGAGCGACUCAUCCAUUCCCGCUCGCUCGCAUUGAGCAAUGCUCUCGACCUCUCUACUAAGAGCUCUUACUCUUCACACCUGAAUUCGUACCUUGAAUUCUGUCACAUCCACACCUUUCCAGUUGAACCUACAGAAGACACUUUCAGCUUUUACAUCAUCUACAUGUCACACCACAUCGAACCCCGUUCUGUCAACUCAUACCUCUCCGGAAUAUGCAAUGAACUUGAGGUUUACUAUCCCAAUAUUCGCAAAAUUCGUACCUCGCGUAUCGUUUCAUGCUCUUUGAAAGGUUGCAAGCGCAUGCUCAGCAACCCUAUCAAAUGCAAGCGUGCACUUACUACAGAUGACCUUUUACUCGUCUGUCAAUCACUACAAUCCUCCACUCACCACGAUGACCGUCUUUUUCUCACCCAACUGCUAACCGGCUUCCAUGCCCUUAUGCGCCUUGGUGAACUUGUCUGGCCCGAUCAGACCCAUCUUCGCGACACUCGCAAACUUUCACUCCGGCACCUUGUGGACAUCACCGACUCCUCCUACUCCUUUCUCCUCCCUUCUCACAAAGCCGAUGCGUUCUUUGAGGGCAACCGAAUCCUGGUCCACACGACCCUUAGGACUCCACAUGCUUUGCCCGCCUUCACUUCAUAUCUCCGCUCUCGCGAUCACCUCUUCCCCUGCCGUCCAGAACUAUGGUUACAGAGCAAUGGCUCUAUCCCCACCCGGUCGUGGUUUAUCGCAUGUCUCAAGUAUUUUUUCCCACAUGAUGUCGCUGGGCAUUCCCUCCGAUCGGGUGGCGCCACUUUCCUUGCUGAAUGUGGCGCACCACCUUCACUCAUCCAAGCGGCGGGGCGAUGGACAUCAGAAGCCUGGCAAGCAUACAUUCGCAAACACCCCCUCCUUAUGAACAGCCUACUUUUCGCACAGUGCCCUCCCGCCCUUUCAUAAUUGCAUGCUUUGUAUUUGUAUCUCUACUCUUUCUUUUUUGCCUUCUUUUCCCGUUUUAUCUUUCUCAAUCUUAUGACUCAAUUUUCCACUACUUACUUUCUAUUAGCCUUAUAGCGACUACAGAUAAAAUCGGGCCGCUUCGGGUGACCGGGGCGAGCCGCGCCCUGCUAUUCUCCCUUUUGUCUCGAAAGUUCACAAGAUUCGCAGAGGAGAUUAGAUGAUCAAGAAUGUACCUGCUACAGUGUUAGGAGUAACUUGAAUUUGAUGUGCCGAGAACUGCCGAUCUUUAAAUAAUCAAUUUUGUCUCAA